GCCAUGAUAAAUGAAUUAACAGAGUUUGAAGAAAGAAGUUCUACCAAAUCCAAAGAAUGGGAACAUGACCUGAAAUCAAUGAGAGAGAAAAAUAAAAAACUAUUUAACGACUACCAAACUUUGACAAUAUUCCUGACAUCUCGUGCCCCUGUUAAUACUACUAUACAAGUCAGUCAGAAUCCUCGUGUUGCAUCAAGGAUUGUACGGCUAACCACAGAGGACAAAGUUGCUUUAGGAGCUAAGCCUUAUAAAGAAGAGAUUGAGGAUCUCAAAACGAAGCUGGUAGAAAUUGACCUAGAGAAGAUGAAGAAUGCCAAGGAGUUUGAGAAGGAACUUCAUUCUACAAAAGCCACUGUAGAUCAUCAAAGAGAAGUUAUAAGGCUAUUGAGAGAAAAUCUCAGAAGAAAUCAACAGGCCCAAGACGCCUCAAUGUUAUCAGAACGUUCUGAUUCUCAGCCCUCAAGUAAACCAUUAACCUGUGGAGGUGGCAGCGGUAUUGUACAAAGCACAAAAGCUCUUAUUUUGAAAAGUGAAUAUAAAAGGCUAGAAAAGGAAAUUUCUAAGUUAAAGCAACAAAAUGAACAGUUAACAAAGCAAAACAGUGAGUUGUUAAGCAAUAAUCACCAUCUUUCCAAUGAAGUCAAAACUUGGAAGGACAGGACCAUUAAAAGAGAGACUCACCAAGAAGUAACUUGUGAGGAUUCCCCAAAGUCUCCUAAAGUGAUUAAAACAGACUCUAAAAAGAGACAGAACAUGCCUUCCCAUUGCAAGGAGCGGAAUUUACAAGAUCCUGUGUCAAAGGAAUCGCCAAAAUCUUGGUUUUUUGAUACCCGGUCAAAGUCUUUACCAGUACCUCAGCCGGUUCGCUAUUUUGAUAACUCAGGUUUAGGCCUUUCCCCAGAGGAGCAAACUGAAGGAACAGAGAAUAUGGAUCCCAAGCCUGGUCUUUGGCAUGCCUCCUCAGGAAAAGAUAUGCCAGAAUGCAAAACCCAGUAG